AUGGAUGAACGCACGCCCCUUAUCACGACUGUCUACGUAACUCGGCGCCGACCAAGAUAUCCGCACACGACGUUGAAACGCUUCUGUUCCAUUGCACUCGCGAGCGGUCUGAUAGCCAUUGUUAUCUGUUUUCUUCUACCGCUCGCCAUACUGCCUCGUGGCCAUGACUCUGUCUCGUCCUACUUUCCUUGGUCUAGUCCUUAUCCUCGAUCAUGGCCACAAAGCGCCGGCGUCACCUUUGACGAACUCAUUGAGCUGCUCCUGGAGACGCCUAAUGAGGAUAAGGCACGUUCGUGGAGCGAAUACUAUACGUCGGGUCCUCAUCUUGCUGGCAAGAAUUUGAGUCAAGCUCUGUGGACAAGAGAGAGAUGGGAAGAGUUCGGGGUCAAGUCGGAUAUUGUUGCCUACGACGUGUUCAUAAACUAUCCGAGUGAUCAUCGGCUGGCCUUGUUGGUUGGGCACAAGGUCAAGUAUGAAUGCAGCCUUGAAGAAGACAUCAUCGAUGAGGACCCAACAACUUCAUUGAAAGACCGCAUUCCAACAUUCCAUGGCUACUCCGCCAGCGGCAAUGUGACUGCCCCCUAUGUUUACGUCAACUUCGGCACGUAUCAAGACUUCGAAGAUCUACGAGCUGCGAACAUCACCUUAGAGGGAAAGAUUGCCCUAGCGAAAUAUGGCCGCAUCUUCCGGGGGCUCAAGGUCAAGAGAGCUCAAGAAUUGGGCAUGGUCGGCGUGGUCAUAUACUCUGAUCCUCAGGAGGAUGGCGACAUCACGGAGGAGAACGGAUACAAAACAUACCCAGAUGGACCAGCUAGAAAUCCCAGCAGCGUGCAAAGAGGCAGUACGCAAUACAUCAGCACACUUCCCGGCGAUCCGACAACGCCUGGCUAUCCCUCUAAACCUGGUGCACCUCGUGUCGAUCCCCAUGGAUCCACUCCUCGAAUUCCCUCGCUUCCCAUUUCUUAUGCCGAUGCCCUCCCUCUUCUAAAGGCAUUGAACGGGCACGGGCCCAAUGCCAGCUCAUUUAACAAGAAUUGGCAAGGCGGCGGGCUAGCUCACAAGGGUGUGGAAUACAAUAUUGGUCCAUCACCCGAUUCCAUGGUCCUCAACCUGAUGAAUGAGCAAGAAUAUGUCACAACGCCACUGUGGAACGUUAUUGGUAUUGUCAAUGGCACAGCCAAGGAUGAGGUAAUUGUCGUUGGAAAUCAUCGAGAUGCGUGGAUUGCAGGAGGCGCGGGAGAUCCCAAUUCGGGCUCCGCAGCAUUGAAUGAAGUCAUCCGGUCUUUCGGAGAAGCGCUCAAGGCUGGAUGGAAGCCACUUCGAACAAUUGUCUUUGCGAGCUGGGACGGCGAAGAGUAUGGCCUUAUUGGUUCGACGGAAUGGGUUGAAGAAUAUCUCCCAUGGCUUUCUAGCAGCACUGUUGCCUACCUCAAUGUGGACGUGGGUGCGCGCGGAACACACUUCGAAGCCGCUGCGUCUCCAUUGCUAAACAAGGUCUUGUACGCCGUAACCGCGUCAGUGCCUUCGCCCAACCAGACCACCAAAGGCCAGUCAGUCGCUGAUGUCUGGGAUGGUCAUGUACGCACAAUGGGAUCUGGUAGCGACUUCACAGCCUUCCAGGACUUUGCCGGUAUCCCAUCGCUUGAUUUUGGCUUUGCAAGCGGACCGAAGGACGCCGUUUACCAUUACCACUCGAACUAUGAUUCUUUCCACUGGAUGGAUAAUCAUGGGGAUAACGGAUGGCACUACCAUGUUACUGUAGCCAAGAUAUUGGCAUUGGUGACUGCUCAGUUGAGUGAAACUCCUGUCCUGUCCUUGAGCGCUCAAGACUAUGCCAAUGGUCUCAGCGCCUACUUGGAUGACGUCAAAGAGAGAUCAAAAACGCACUUUGCAGGAUCGAGCUUCAGCUUCGAGGCACUUGACAAUGCUACAGCAGAAUUCAGCAAAGCCGCAACGAGGUUCGACAAUUAUACGGCCGACCUGACGAAAAAGCUCGCGGAGGACGUGCCGUGGUGGGAUUGGUGGAGGAAGGUGAGACUUUUCUACGAAGUGCGGAACGCAAAUGAGAAGUACAAAACACUGGAGCGGCAGUUUCUUUUUCCGGGCGGCCUAGAUCACAGGCCUUGGUUCAAGCAUGUUGUCUUUGCCCCUGGGCGGUGGACUGGUUAUGCCGGCGCCACCUACCCCGGCCUCGUUGAGAGCUUCGAAGACAAGAACAUCACAAAUGCGAGGCGAUGGAGUGUGAUCAUUGAAGAAAGGCUAGAGGCAGCCACAAAACUAUUGGAAUAG